AUGGUCGAUAACAUUUCUCAUUGGGCCUCAGACGAGAUCAAGGUUAUCCAUGUAUCGGAGGGCUACACCAGGACACCCGUUGAGCUUAGGGUCCGCCAAUUUUGCCCCCAAGAAGGCGACAAACUGACGAGAUCGUGGGUGGCCAACGGGUCAAAGAAAUCGGUCGACAUUCCCCUUACGCGAUCAAACGGCUGGAUAGGUGCCAAUAUUCUGCUCGCCUACUUUCACUACUGUAACAAGGGCAUCUAUCCCUUCUCGAACGACUGCAAAGAGCAAGACUUGAGGACGCUUGCGGAGCUGGAUGAGUCUGCAAUCCGUUUCGUGAAGGAAACUCGGUCAUUUGCAUCUGAUCACAAGCGUCAGUGGCAGAGACUUCACCAAGAAGGCCUCUUUGAGGAUGAUUACUUCUUCCUCAGCCAGCUUUUUACCGAGAACUGGGAGCCCCGCUCGACCGUGUGA